ACAGAUAUAUUCAGCUGUGCCUCACUUACGCGCUCACUUUAAACUCAAUCCUUAGCCGCCUGGGCAGAGAGAGGCGACGCUCCGCUGGCCGCUUCCCGCACACCUCCUACUUGUCACCUGCCACCACAACACAGUGUAGCGCCGUGCACCCGCAGUUCACAGGAGCAACAUGACCUUCGAUCUGACGUCGCUGCGGAACGCGGGUGUCAGACUCGUGACGGCGGGAAUAUUGCCUCUGCUGCGUCUUCUGGUGACGGUCGUCUUUCCCCUUGCCCCACUCCGCGAUUACCCGCCCCCUGCCCAUCUCUAUGCCCAGUAUGACUUCAUCGUGGUGGGCGGCGGGUCAGCCGGCAGCGUGAUGGCGGCGCGGCUCUCGGAGGUACCGACGUGGCGGGUGCUGCUGGUGGAGGCUGGACCGCCGCCUCCUCCUGAAUCCUUCAUCCCCGGCAUGUUUGGUGUGCACAUCUUUAAAGGACACCCGAACAUGCGAGAGUAUCUGACCGUCCCGCAGCGCAACGCACUUCUCUAUAUCGACAACCAAGAGGCAGUGCUGCUGCAGGGGAGGGUGCUGGGAGGGGGCUCCACAGUGAAUGGAUUGUUGUACAGUCGCGGCAACAGGAGAGACUACGACUCCUGGGAGGCUCUCGGAAACCCCGGGUGGGACUACGCCUCUGUCCUGCCGUACUUCAUCAAGUCUGAAGACUACAUCGGCUCGCCUCCUCCUGAGACUGCAUCGUUCCAUGGCCGCGGCGGACCCCUCGGGGUGACACAGUACCCGCCCACCGCCCUCUCCCAGUACUUCGUGAAGGCCGGGGAGCAGCUCGGCUACCCUCUCGUCGACCCCAUUGGCUUCGAACAACUGGGCUUCCCAGCGAAUGCCACGUUCACCAUCCGAGAAGGGAUGAGGAGCUCCACGGCGGAGGCCUUCCUCUGGCCUGCCUCCGCGCGGCCCAACCUGCACGUGCUGCACUCAGCCACCGUGACGCAGGUUCUGUUUGACGACACGAGACGCGCGACUGGUGUGGUGCUGGAGUACAACGGAGAGCGGAUCAGAGUGGGGGCGCGUCGCGAGGUGGUGCUGUCGGCAGGGGCUCUGGUCUCCCCUCACCUACUGCUGCUGUCAGGUGUCGGGCCUCGCCAGCACUUGAAGCAACACAAGGUGAAGGUGGUGAGGGAUCUGCCUGGCGUUGGACAAAAUCUGCACGACCACGUGGCUCUCACCGGUCUAAGCUGGAACUUUCCGCGGGGCUCAAGGCCACUUCUGCCUUUUGACUUCGACGACAUCGACCAGUAUGAGCGUGCCAGAGAAGGUGCAUUAGCGCGGCCCGGGAACAUCCACAACGCGUUUAUCAAGGCCAGCCCGAAGGGAGAUCCGCUCUGGCCGGACAUCCAGCUCCUCUUCGUCGGUACCACUCUCGCCAGCGACAUAGUCUUUGCUUCUUCCUUCUACAACUUCGACGUCAGGAAAUUCAAACCUUACUUCCUGGAAAUUCUUGGACGCAAAGGCCUGACCGUCAUACCCAUCCUGCUCCGUCCCAAGAGCCGAGGCGUCCUUAGACUCCGCUCCAACGACCCACGAGAGGCGCCCCUGGUGGACAUCGGCUACCUGCAGCACCCUGACGACGUGGCCACGCUGGUGGAUGGAAUCAAGGUAGCGCUGGCCAUGAAUAACACCUACGCCUUCGCUCACGAUCUGAGGCUCAAGUUUUUCGACAAGCCACUGCCGGAGUGUAGUAAGUUCCCCUACGGCAGCGACGCCUACUGGGCCUGCUACGUGCGUCACUUCGCCACCACCAUGUACCACUACUCCGGCACCUGCAAGAUGGGACCCAGCUCAGACCACCUCUCCGUCGUGGAUGACCAGCUCAGAGUGCGCGGCGUGUCGGGGCUGCGAGUGGUGGACGCCUCUGUCAUGCCCUUCGUGACAUCAGGCAACUGCAACGCGGCCGUCAUCAUGAUCGCGGAGAGGGCGUCUGACAUGAUCAAGCAGGAGUGGACGUGAAGUGUAUGUGUGUGUGUGUGUGUGUGUGUGUGUGUGUGUGUGUGUGUAAUCACGUGCCGGACUCGUGAUUGCUCUCUAUACACACCUUUCCCCUCUCCCCUCUUAAUGAUCUUAUCCAUAGUUAAGGCUGAGGUCUCCAGUACACCACACCCGCAUUUUUUUUCUUUCAAGAACAACAGCAACUCCUUGUUUUAUCAGUGAGAACCUUCGCAACCUUAGCGGGGCACGAAUAGCUGCUCGUCAAGUGACAGUUCAGGACAUUACCAUUCAGCCAGCGAGCCGGAAGUGUGUGUGUGUGUGUGUGUGUGUGUGUGUGUGUGUGUGUGUGUGUGUGGCGCUACUAAUUUAUUCUUAAUAAUAUACAAAUACUUUUAGUACCUGUGUUCAAUAAGUCAACAUGUGAAUAUCUGCUUCCAGUGUAAUAAAAAAUACAUUUCCCAAUGAAAAAGU